AUGCUUCUUUUCCCUGAUGGCGACGCCAACGGCGAGGACGCUAAACGUGACCGCCUCGCCGCCUUACCUGAGGAGCUUCUCUUUGAGACGCUCCGCCAGCUCUCCCAAAAAGACCUCUGCAAUGUGUCGCGAUUGAACAAACGAUACCACAGACUGGCCGAUGCCGUCUUGUACAAGAGCGUUCACUUCCAGAGCCCGGAGCUCCAUCUUACUUUCAGUGAGUCACUAGGCCGUCGACCACGCCGCGGCUCGGCCAUCAACGAGGUGAAACUGGUUUACCCUAAUGAGGAGCUGUCACGCCUUGCUUUGGAUGGGCCCGUUCAUAACUCUCACUACGACCCCUCGCGUUCCGACACGCUUUCGCGCACACUCUCUGUCAUGUCAAAUUUGGAGAAACUCGACAUUGCUGUUCCGGACGUCCUAUUACAUGGUAUAGGAACUUUGUUCAACGGACCCUUCGACUUGGCUUACCUCAAGGAGUGUACGCUCUUUUACCAAUGCCCCGAGGACGCAUAUUGGAACCUGCGGGAAAACAUCCACAUCUUUGCCCACCCGACAUUGGAAACUCUCAUAAUCAAAAGAGCCAGGCUCGAUGAGAAGGGAUUCGACUUCAUGGAGCGCCCGCACGAGACAGGGUUGAAAAAAUUACAUUUCAUCGAAUGCGAUAUCAACGAUGAUGGGCUAUCGGAUCUUCUCGAAUUUCCCGAGGGGCUGGAGGAAUUCGUCUUGACGCAAACCCCAGAACCGAGGCCAGAGCUUGAGGACAGUUCUGACAACUUCGCCGACUACGUCCUCGCGCUCACAUCGCAAGCACAUUCUCUGAAGACGUUGACCAUCGACUCACCAACACUCGGCUGUCGUAAACCGUUGAGAAUGAGAGAGUUCGAGGCGCUCAAGACGAUGCGGAUGAAUUGGGACUACCAGCUUUUCGGGCAAACGACCAAGAAACCACGCAUGCAUUCAGUCGGACUGCCACCCGAGAUGGAAACUUUGGAAUUCUUCAACGAGCUGGGUACGGACGAGGAGGUGACAGAACUCCUCCUAUACACAGUUCAGACCAAAGGCGUUGUCGCCAAGUCAUGGAAGACGUUGGUGGUUGUAGAGGGCGACAACGGGGUUUCUCCAGAGAUCAAAGAAGCAUGCAAAGAACAGGGCUUGAAACUGGAUAUCAUUGGUGCGUUUGACACAGACGGCGAUGUCGACUAG